AUGGCAUUGCCAAAAAGGGAAGUGAAGGUGAUCGAGCAAUGCAAGGUCUCUCCACCGACAGGAUCAGUCCCUUCAACAUCUCUUCCUCUCACUUACUUCGACUUGCCAUGGCUUUUUGUUGGCCACAUGAAAAGCCUCUUCUUCUACGAAUUUCCUCACCCCAUCCACCACUUCUUCGAAACCAUCCUUCCCACUCUGAAACACUCUCUCUCCCUAACUCUCCAACACUUCUUCCCCUUGGCCGCCAACUUGGUAUCCCCUCCGCCGCCGGCGAAGCCCCACAUGCUCUUCACCGACGGCGACUCCUCCGUCUCUCUCACUGUCGCCGAGUCCUCCGCAGACUUCAACCUUCUCUUGGCGAAUCAGUACCCGCAACCCGUCGGAACUCUUCACCCGUUCGUCCCCAAGCUGGCUCCGCCAAGUGUGGAAGCCGGCUCACGUGUGGGCCCUGUCAUGGCCUUGCAAAUCACCGUCUUUCCUAACUCCGGGAUCUGCAUUGGCUUCCGGGUCUGCCAUGUCGCCUCUGACGGGAGGUCGUUUGAACACUUCAUGAAAUUCUGGGCGUCGGUUUCCAAGAGCGGAGGAGAUAUUCACGCUAAUCCACGGCUGCCGUCUCACGACAGGGCGGCGAUCAAGGACCCGGAUGGCGUGGACCUCACGUUCUUGAAAUCGUGGUGGAGUUGCGCAUCGACGUCGGAGGAUCAUGUGGAUGCAGAACCAGUCCUUGAUUGUCUUGCUGAUAAGGUUCGUGCCACUUUUGUUCUUAGCCAAGUACAGAUGGAUAGACUUAAGCGUUGGGUGACAAAUAAUUUGGCCAAAGACGAAAAAUCCACACCGUUUCAUGUAUCGUCCUUUGUCGCUUCUUGUGCGUUAUUGUGGGUUUGCUUAGCCAAAUCAAAAGAAAUCGGAGAGAGAAAUGAUUCGAGAGUCGACGAAGAUGAUGAUGAGCCUCACCACUUCAUCUUCGUAGCGGAUUGUCGAAGCCGCCUCGUGUUUCCAUUACCGAUGACUUACUUUGGAAAUUGCCUGACGGUGUGUUUCGCACCGGUGAAGAGGAAGGUGCUGUUGGGAGACAAUGGUGUCGUCGCGGCUGCGAAGGCCAUAGGGAGGGAAGUUGGGAGAUUGGAGGGCGAAGCUUUAAAAGAGUUUGAAAAGUUGUUUGAGAAGCACGAUGAAAUAACGAAACAAGGGAAAUAUGUCAGCGUUUCGGGCUCGACGAAAUUGGGUUUUUAUGAGGUGGAUUUUGGGUGGGGGAAGCCUAAAAAUGUCGAGUUUGUCCACAUUGAGGAAUCAAAUGCCAUCGGUCUUGUUGAGAGUAGGGACGAGAAAGGUGGGGUGGAACUUAGUGUUACACUAAGUAGAGAUCAAAUGAGUUGUUUCAGUGCUCUGUUGAAAGAAAAGCUUGCUGAAUCGAUUUAG